UCAUGUUUGUUAUUGAAAUUUAAUUUUUUUAGCUGAAAGCUACAUAAAAUUUAAAUCACAGUGUACCUAUAGUUAGUAGAUACGCGUGAAUAUAUAAAUUCUAAAUAGCCCAUUUGCUGUGACUCUAUUGUGUAUUUUUCUUAUAAUAAUUACAAAAUCUUAAAAUGAGGUUUGCAGUGCCGGAAAUUUCAUGGCAUAAUCGUGAUCCAGUACUUAGUGUAGAUUUUCAACCUCGACGUGAUAAAAAAGAACCUUUGCGUCUUGCAACCGGAGGGACCGAUACUCAUGUUGUGAUAUGGUAUUUGUCAAUUUCUGGUUCUGGAUCAGUGAAUUUAGAAGUUGCAUCAGAUUUAACAAGGCAUCAGAAAGCAGUAAAUGUUGUGAGGUGGUCACCUAAUGGACAGUUAUUAGCAUCUGGUGAUGAUGAAUCAAUUAUAUUUGUUUGGAAGCAAAAGACAGAAGACCAACAAACACCUGUUGAAGGAGAAGAACAGUAUAAGGAAUCAUGGGUUAUACAUAAGACUCUGCGAGGCCACAUGGAAGAUGUUCUUGAUUUAAGCUGGAGCAUGGAUUCACUGCACCUGGCUUCAGGUUCCGUAGACAAUAAGCUGAUUAUAUGGGAUGUGGGCAGAGGCAAAUACACAAAUAUCAAUACAGAUCAUAAGGGCUUUGUGCAGGGUGUCUCUUGGGAUCCUAAGGGGCAAUUUAUUGCUACAACCAGCACAGAUCGGGUAUUCCGGACCAUAGAUGUAGCAUCUAAGAAGGUAAAUUCAAGAAGUAGUAAAGCUGUUCUGCCGUUCCCUAAAGACCACCCCCUGUAUGAUGUGAAAGUGAGACUCUACCAUGAUGACACUUUGCAGACAUAUUACAGAAGGCCACACUUCAGUCCAGAUGGGUUACUUAUUGCAGUACCAGCUGGCAGGAUUGAACCAGAACAAGGGAAGCUGGACACAAAACCAAUCAAUGCUGUCUACAUCUACACGAGAUAUUCUCUCAAAGUGCCGGUGUGUGUGGUGCCGUGCGGGUCGCCCGCGCUGGCCGUGCGCUGGUCCCGGCGCCUGGCGGUGUGCGCGGCCGGCCCCGCGCCCGCCCUGCCCCUCCCCCCUGCCCCGGCCCCGCCCCGCGCGCGACACCUGCUGGCCGUGGCGACGGCGCGAGCGCUGCUGCUGUACGACACGCAGCACACGACGCCUCUCGCGGUGCUCUCCGACCUGCACUACACCAGAUUAACAGAUUUGACAUGGUCAGAUGAUGGCCUAGUGUUGGUCACAUCAAGUACAGAUGGAUUCUGUUCCGUUGUGAUGUUCACUGAGGGGGAACUGGGAGAGCCUCUAUCUAAUGAUGUCUGCGAAGCAUCAGCAUCUUCUACAGAAAUGAUGGCAGUAGAUGAACCUGAACUGGAAACAAAACCGACUGAAGGCAAAAGUCCAAAAGUAAAAACUAACAACAAAUUAGAUUCAUUCAUCAAAUUCAAAGCACCCUCAGACAAAUCACCGAAGAAGCAAAUGAUUGAAAAACAACAAAAGACACCAGUGAAAGUUGACUUAUUGGUUGAGACAGCAAUGCCAUCUUGGUCUGAUAACUCUAAUUCCGACAUCAUAAAGACGAAUAUGAAUAAUGAAGUUACCGUUAUUGAAGACAGUGAAGAUAUCAAACUGGUAUAUGAAGAGACAGAAGACAAUCUUCAAUCCCCAAAAUGUAAGGAGGAGGAAAAGACGAAAGAAAAUGUAGGAGAUACUGAACCAACACAAACAGAUGAAUUGCGGACAAAAGAAAAUAUUUCUGGCAGCAAGAGUAGUGAGGUUAACAACAGUAAAACAGAACCAGCAAAGAAGUCUCCUCCAGUAUUCCAGAGAGCUCCUCGAAGAGUUAGCUUUGUUACACUGUCCAGCCCGAAGAAUAAGAAAAAGUGUUGAAGUUUGAUAUGUGCAUUGAAAUGUUAUAAGCUGCUAUUGUAAAUACCCAAAUCGUAGUAGGCACCCGUAGUACACGGCCGGUACAAUUGUUAACAGUGCCACAUCAGAAUUUAUUAUUUAAAAUUUCUACCUUAGAUCAUUUAUUAGGACAGCUGUGAAAACGUCGAAAAAAAUUGAGUUUAGAGUUAGCGUCUAUUUUGAGACAUUUACGCACACUAACACAAAGUGUAAUACAAAUCGCGAGUGUAAGACGUAGAUUGUCACGCACACUAGUAUUAAACCUGGCCUGUUAUCAUAGGUUGUCUAACAGCAAGAGACUCUAUCUAGACGUAUUAAUUAUCUAAGAUUUCUGCCACCCAGAAAAAAAUAAACACGUUUAUAAUCGACUGAAACCAUUUAAGAUUGUUAUAUAUAAAUUCUGUUUAUAUAUCAGGGAUAUUGCGGAUGCAAAUGUUUUGACAUGCGGAUUGUUUUUACAGAUAUUUCAAUUUUAAGUCCAUAAAUAAAUGAAAAUUUGUUUUAAUUUU